AUGUCCCUCCCAAGCACCGAUCAGAUGAUGUAUAUCAUUCAUCAUGUUUUCCUGCCUCCAAAACUCCCAGAAAAAUCUGAUUCGGUCCCCGAUAAAGAGGCGUUCCUGCUUGGAAAGCUUCUUGACACGCUGGACAUCUUUAAAAGCUAUGUCUCAGGUGAUGAAGCCAAAAUCAUUUCCUCAGUUACGACCAUGAUUCGUCGGCUGAAAGACUCACAUACCACCUCCGGAUGUAACGCCGCUCUCCUGAUGACAAAAUGCGACGAUACGGUCAACAUCGAGGCAUUCGAGCUCUCCCUACGCAACGAAUCAGUGAUAACCACACUUGGCCGACUCCAACGUACAUUUCCGGGGCCUUCCUUGGCCAUGAGUCUCGAUAACUUCAGCAACCCAGAGUUCCUUGACACGACUGUAGACACAUUGGAAAGGAUGAGCCACGAAGAGGUUGCCGGCACAAAGAUCAAGGUCAGAAAGGCAGGUCAGGAUCACGACGAGGAUCGGGAUACCACUCACCCAAAGGUUGUCACUGAGCUGUUUAUGGCAUUCCUGCGGCCGAUGUGCGAAAGCUGCGAACUAUCUCGGAUCAGCAAAAACACGCGGGAAGAAGUCAUGUACCGAAACGCCAGAUUUCCCUGGAGGCGGUCGUCUACUUGGCUUAUGGCUCGUGUUGCCAUGCAGCUCGUGAUGGCUAGAGAAUCAGAGAAACUAGGCGCCUUGAAAGAGCUCUACAAGUCUUUUAUGCUGUUCUUCAUGAGUUAUUUGCUCAGAUUUCUCUCGAAACGUGGGAUUCCAAGCGAAUAUCUUCACGUUAUGAGCUCAAAGAUUAGUCGAAGGCUGCUCAAGCUUGAUCUUCCUCAUGACGCAUCCUGUCUAUGCUUUGUCAGAGGUGUGCUGGAGAGCACUACCGCCAUCAUUGGUGACAGAUGGCGCAACAUCCAAGUGAAAAAUGGGUAUACGUGUGAUCUGAAGUUAUUGAGGACACUCAAUUUCAGCGCAGACAUUCAUCAUAACCUGACAGCACUCGACGGGUUCCUUUCGGUUUUGACAAAGAAGGCCACUGGUACCCAAUCCUCUGAGACCUUUAUUCUACACUCGGAUCUUAUUGAAUCCAAACCUACCGAGCUUCCAGAUCCUCUACGCUUCUCCAGUCCCCGGUACAGAGUGUACAAUCUUAUCGCACUCGAGCGCUGGGUUGCAGAGCAUCUGGGCUAUUGGAUGGAUCUACACCUGGAUGCAGACGGCACCUGUUCCAAGCUUGCCCAGUUGAUGAAGGGCUACCACACUGCCGCGAUGGAUGCAUACGACAGGAAUCCCGAAACUCUCUCAGUGAUGCUGCUCACCCUGCUUGAAUUAUGGGUGGCUUGUGACAAGUCUGCAGUCCAUAAGCAUAACUUGCUACGAAAUUAUGAUCCCUGUAUCCCUACAGAGAUCUUUCAGACCCUGUUACUGCCGCUCUACUCGCAUGAAUUUCGCAUCAGGCCAAACGUACUACAAAGACAUGGUGCUCAUCAGUCCGUUCGAGGCAGAGGAACUUCUUCCUCAGAUACGCGGAUCACGCAAGACCCGGCUGCUCGUGUAUGCUCCGAGGCAGAAUCUGGGUUUUCAUUCACUGGAUAA